UUCCUGUACACGGUGCGCAGUAGCAGAUCACCAAGACAGUCGGAAGAGGCCGUGGAGUACGAAUUUGAUGCAUUCAUAGCUUACGACAACAAAGAUCUCCACUGGAUCCUCCACCAUGCAAUCCCUCAGCUAGAGAACAAGGAACAUCUCAAGCUGUGCAUUCACCAAAGAGACUUUCAGCUCGGCGGUCUUAUUGCAGACGACAUUGUGCACUGUGUGAACUCUAGCAGAAAGUUCAUCAUACUCCUGUCAAAACAUUUCGCUGAUAGUCAGUGGUGUCGCUUCGAGUUGGCCGUCAUCCAGAGACAACUCCGGUCACAAUGCAAGGACAUCCUGAUCGUGGUGAAGCUGGGCAGCAUCGACCACCAUCACAUGAGCCCGUGUCUGUUUCAACUCCUUACUGUGCCAGACUACAUUGAAUGGUCGGACGAACCCAGGGCCAGAAGGCCUCUGUGGGAACGACUGGUUCACUUCAUCAGAAGGGAGCCCAGUCUGUUACUAUCGUUUGACAGAUCGGCUGCCUACGAUAGGUCGGGUUUUGUCGACGACGACAGCAGAUCAGGACAGACGGGUUUACGAUCUGGUACUUACAACAGACUGCCGUCCGAGCCUUGCCCAUCACGUGCGGGGCGUGCUGCUCACAAUGUUACAGUUUGAUAAUUAGAAAAAUCUAUAUGGACGUUUGAAAGAUGCCAAUGACAAUGGUUAGACAUCAUGUUAGCGUUUCGUAAUUACAGGAGGCGGGACGCAGCCUAGACUGGUAAAGCGCUCACUUCAUGCACAAUCGGUCUGGGAUGGAUCCCCGUCUCUCGUUCCAGCCUGUGCACCACGAGUGGUAU